AUGGCUGUCGGAAAGAACAAGGGUUUGGCGAAAGGAGGCAAAAAGGGCGUGAAGAAGAAGAUCGUGGAUCCGUUCACUCGUAAGGAGUGGUAUGACGUGAAGAGUCCGUCGAUGUUUUCGGUGCGAAAUGUGGGCAAAACUCUGGUGAACAAGACUCAGGGCACGAGAAUCGCUUCCGAGGGACUCAAGGGUCGCGUCUUCGAGUGCUCGUUGGCUGACCUCCAGAACGAUGAGAUCGCGUACAAGAAGUUCCGACUCAUCGCAGAGGAAGUCCAGGGGAGGAUCGUAUUGACCAACUUUCAUGGCAUGGAUUUGACAACUGAUAAGUUGCGCUCAAUGGUCAAGAAGUGGCAGACCCUCAUUGAGGCUAAUGUGGACGUCCGCACCACCGAUGGCUAUCUGUUGCGCUUGUUUUGCAUCGGAUUCACCAGAAAAUGGCAAAACCAGGUGAAGAAGACCUCGUACGCACAGCACACGCAAGUGAGACAAAUCCGCAAACGUAUGACUGACACCAUUCAGCGUGAAGUCUCCUCCAGCGACCUCAAGGAAGUGGUCAACAAAUUGAUCCCCGACUCGAUCGCUAAAGACAUCGAGAAGUCGUGUCAAUCGAUAUACCCUUUGCAUGACGUGAUGAUCAGGAAAGUGAAGGUUUUGAAGAAACCUAAGUUUGAUUUGGGAAAACUGCUCGAAAUCCACGGCGAGACCACUAAAGGCACUGCCGCUCCCGUGGCCCCCGGAGAGGAGCCCAUGAAAGUGGACAGACCUGAGGGAUACGAACCACCCGUUCAGGAGAGUCCUUNCAAGACUCAGGGCACGAGAAUCGCUUCCGAGGGACUCAAGGGUCGCGUCUUCGAGUGCUCGUUGGCUGACCUCCAGAACGAUGAGAUCGCGUACAAGAAGUUCCGACUCAUCGCAGAGGAAGUCCAGGGGAGGAUCGUAUUGACCAACUUUCAUGGCAUGGAUUUGACAACUGAUAAGUUGCGCUCAAUGGUCAAGAAGUGGCAGACCCUCAUUGAGGCUAAUGUGGACGUCCGCACCACCGAUGGCUAUCUGUUGCGCUUGUUUUGCAUCGGAUUCACCAGAAAAUGGCAAAACCAGGUGAAGAAGACCUCGUACGCACAGCACACGCAAGUGAGACAAAUCCGCAAACGUAUGACUGACACCAUUCAGCGUGAAGUCUCCUCCAGCGACCUCAAGGAAGUGGUCAACAAAUUGAUCCCCGACUCGAUCGCUAAAGACAUCGAGAAGUCGUGUCAAUCGAUAUACCCUUUGCAUGACGUGAUGAUCAGGAAAGUGAAGGUUUUGAAGAAACCUAAGUUUGAUUUGGGAAAACUGCUCGAAAUCCACGGCGAGACCACUAAAGGCACCGCCGCUCCCGUGGCCCCCGGAGAGGAACCCAUGAAAGUGGACAGACCUGAGGGAUACGAACCACCCGUUCAGGAGAGUGUCUGA